CUGGAGUCGAAGGAAAUUUUGGGAUCUUACCGUCCUGGAUUAGAGCCAUCGGUUUCUCCCGAAUCCGAUCGCGCUGUUCAGCAAUGAUCAGCAUCGCCCCAUAAACCCGCUGAUCUCCGUCGGAACUAGCCUUCUCGUGUGGAGACGUUUUCGGUACCAGGAUCCGUCGAGGACGAUGGAACUUUCAAUGGCAACUAAUUGGUCUUGCCUCUCGUCAGUUCGCAGGGCUGAACAUCUGCGUUGGUACUACAGCUCAUACAAAGGGAGAUGUGGAUGCAGAAGCAGGUCAUCGAAGGUGACACAGCAUCAUCAGUCCAACCGAGUGGUUGUACAUGGGAAUCCAAGGCGUGGGGUGAAUGGUGAGUGUUGUCAGGAGUGCUUCCAUGAUGGAGCUCGUGGAUUUCAUGGAUCCCAUGUCCAUCAGCCCCAGACGAGCGUUGUGUACUCGCCAAAAGCGAAAGCGAGUUCAGUUCUCGGAAGAGGAAUGCACGAUGCUGCAGGGGCACCCGCAGAAUUGGCGGGAGGAGGGCACGCACUGGCUGAAAGAGGUUGCGUCGAACGAAAAGGGUAUCUGCUUUCUUUUGGCGAGUGCUCAAAAGAAAAACAAAAGCCGGAAAGAAACGGCUGGACCCUGUAAUUACUCGGUAGCUGUUUCCAGCGGCGCUUACUAAGUUG